UUGGGGUAAGCAUCCCAGAUCUUGCACCCAAAAGAAGUUUCGCCUAACACACCACACCACACCACACACAGAGACUCGGAGAGAGUCACUCAGUCUUCUUCUCUCUCUCUCUUUCUCUUUCGUUUUCUCUGAGAAUUUUUCCAAAGAAAAUUACGAUAAAGAGAUGAAUUGGGUGAAAAAAAUUGAAGAGAAGAAGAAAAUAAGAGAAACCCAGAAAAUUUCACUAUGAAAUUUCGUUCUUCUUUCUUCUUUUUUAUUUUACCGUUUCUUCUAACCUUUGCCCACGUUGAUUCUUACAAAAGGAUCGUCAUUGGGCGUGAUUCUAGUUCUGUUGUUGAUAAAUCUCACAGAAGGAUUCUGCAUCAGCCAUUGUUUCCGGCAAGCUCAGCACCACCGCCGGGAACCGACAGCACUGCCACUCCUCUGCCUCCUCCACCACCACCGCCCUCUCCGGACACUUCUACAUUACCGACUCCUGAUCAGCCAUUCUUUCAUGAGCUUCCCAAUAACGGAGCAACACCAGAUCAAAGUCAACCGCCUCCUACUUCCUUUUCUACCAAUGGCACCGUCCCAAUCCCGACGGCGACUCAGCCACCUAAGCCGAUUAAGAAGGUUGCCAUUGCAAUCUCUGUUGGAAUUGUCACUCUCGGUAUGCUCUCUGCGUUAGCUUUCUUCCUCUAUCGUCACCGGGUGAAACACCCAUCGGAGACCCAGAAGCUCGUCGGAGGAGGCGCCGGGGGAAGGAAUUCUCAGACCUUCAUCGAAGAGUCUAGAGUUCCGCCCUCGAGCUUUCUCUAUAUCGGAACGGUUGAACCGAACCGGGCCUCGCUGAGUGAAGCCAAUGGCGGCGGAGGAGCAAACAGAGAAGCGCCGAAUAAAUCGCCAUAUCGGAAGCUGAAUUCGAUAAAGAGAUCGGAUCGGUAUCGUCCGAGUCCCGAAUUGCAGCCGUUGCCGCCGCUGGUGAAGCCUCCGAGCAUGAAUUCUCCGUCGGCAAUGUCUUCUUCCGACGAAGAGGAGAGCCGGGACACGGCAUUUCAUUCGCCGCAGUGCUCCUCCGCUAGUUACGAAGACAGUUAUUACUACACGCCUGUUUCUCGUCAAAGUGCUAACAGUGGUAAUUCAACGGCGGCAAGGAGUUCAGCUCCUAGUUCAAUCCCUCACUCCAAAAGAACUUCUCCCAAAUCACGGUUUUCCAAUUCAAAACAAGCUCCUCCGCCACCACCACCGCUACCGGAACUCUCUAACGACGGUGAACAAAGAAGUUCGUAUCUUAAAAAGCCAAAGUUCUCAGCUCCGCCGCAGCUGCCAAAUAUGGCGCGCCUUCAAUCUACAAACAACCAACCACUACAAGUGUCAAGAACAGCCGUUCCACCACCACCACCACCACCACCUCCUCCUCCUCCUCCACCCCCACCUCCUUCGCUUUCGACGCAAUCAACUUCGAGAAUAAUUGGAGAUUUGGAAAGGGUAGUGCCCGAAAAGACAACCCAAGUUCCAUUGAAGCCUCAAUUAUGGGCUUCAGUUCCAAAAACGACAACAGAGAACGGUACUGUAAAAACAGAGGAACUAGUUUAUAAGGAAAACGCCUGUACUUCUGAGGGUUUUGAUGCGGAAGAGUCAGGAGGGGCGAAACCCAAGUUGAAGCCUCUGCAUUGGGACAAAGUUCGGGCGACCUCGGACAGAGCCACAGUCUGGGACCAGCUGAAAGCCAGCACUUUCCAAUUAAAUGAGGACAUGAUGGAGUCUCUGUUUGGCUGCAAUACGACGAAUUCAGCUCCCAGAGAGGCUAUUAGUACUAGAAGAUCGGUUCUUCCCCCUGUUGAGCUAGAAAACAGGGUUUUAGAUCCAAAGAAGUCACAGAACAUUGCCAUUCUAUUGAGAGCUCUGAAUGUGACAAGAGAUGAAGUCUCCGAAGCUCUUUGGGAUGGUAAUCCAGAAGGAUUAGGUGCUGAGCUUUUGGAAACCCUGGUAAAGAUGGCUCCAACAAAGGAAGAAGAAAUUAAGCUUCGAGAGUAUCAGGGUGAUAUGUCAAAAUUAGGGUCUGCAGAACGCUUUCUCAAGGCAGUACUUGAUAUCCCGUUUGCCUUUAAAAGAGUUGAAGCAAUGCUAUACAGAGCAAAUUUUGAUACAGAAGUCAAUUACUUGAGGAAGUCUUUUCAAACCCUCGAGGAAGCAAGUGAAGAACUAAAGAACAGCCGAUUAUUUCUCAAACUUCUUGAAGCUGUUCUCAGGACAGGAAACCGAAUGAAUGUUGGCACCAAUAGAGGUGAUGCUAAAUCGUUUAAGCUCGACACACUCUUAAAACUAGUAGACAUAAAGGGAACCGACGGAAAGACCACAUUGCUACAUUUUGUGGUCCAAGAGAUUAUUAGAUCUGAAGGUGCAGGUGGCGACUCCACAAAUGGGAAUGUUCAGAGCCAAAUGAAGGAUGAAGACUUCAGGAAGCAAGGAUUGCAGGUUGUGUCUGGUUUGAGUAGGGACCUCAGUAAUGUAAAAAAAGCUGCUGGAAUGGACUCAGAUGUCCUUAGCAGCUAUGUGACAAAGCUAGAAAUGGGGCUCGAGAAAGUCAAACUGGUUUUGCAGUAUGAGAGGCCAGAAAUCCAAGGGAAAUUCUUUGGUUCAAUGAAGUUGUUUCUAAAAGAGGCUGAAGAAGAAAUUUCUAGGAUAAAGGCUGAUGAAAGAAAGGCUUUGUUCCUUGUAAAAGAAGUCACCGAAUAUUUUCACGGCGACGUGGCCAAGGAGGGAGCCCAUCCUUUCAGAAUCUUCAUGAUUGUUAGAGAUUUUCUAGCCAUAUUGGAUCAGGUGUGCAAGGAAGUGGGAAGAAUGCAGGACAGAACAGUGAUUGGUUCAGCUAGAUCAUUUCGGAUAUCUGCAACGGCUUCAUUACCGGUACUCAACCGAUAUAAUGUGAGACAUGAUACCAGUUCAGAUGAUGAAAGCUUGUCACCUUAAAUAUGUGAAUAUAAGCCUCAUGAAAACCUCAUAGGAGGAAGAUUAGAGUAACUUCCCUUGUUAUUGCUCUAUCCAUAUUCAACUAAAGAAUUAGAAAGCAAUUUUGAAGGGUCUCCCAUCAUCAACAAACUCCCACUCCUUGCUAAGAGGGUACCCAUCAAUUUACUAGAUAAGGCUCCUGGGAAAGGAGAAACGUUUCGUAUGAAGGAAAAAAACUGAAAUAACAGAGAAGAGCAGCCAUCUUAAAGGAAAGGGCAUUGGAGGGCAAGAAUUUAUAAUCAACAAUGAAGUGCAUAGAUAAAAUGAAGCAUUGUUUCCUCACUUAUAUAUAUAAUUAUAUAUAUUUUUUCCAAUCCUACACAUAUUCAAUAGCUACAAUAGAUUUUUUCUUUUGUCAUUUAGAUCAGAUUACCAUACAUAUCAGAACGUUUUUAUUUCAGCCAUGAUUCUAAGCUCUCCAUUUGUUUGAUUAUUCAUUAUUUUUAAAAAUAAGGAGCUUUUUAUUUUAACCUUUA